GUUUGAGCUGGGCACAAACAGUCCGCGCGUUCGUAGACUCCGAAAAGACUACUAGACUUAGUAUUUUGCAAAUAAUUAAUUCUCACGAGAUCAACUGGUUAAAAGUAAGCUCCUCAAGUUCUCCAAGUAGCGAGUGACACAAAACCGGAAGAAAAAUGUCGAUAGGGGUGCCAAUCAAGGUGUUGCACGAAGCCGAGGGCCACAUCAUAACCUGCGAGACGAAUACCGGUGAGGUCUACCGGGGCAAGCUCAUCGAGGCCGAGGACAACAUGAACUGUCAGAUGCAAAAUAUUACCGUCACCUAUAGGGAUGGCCGAGUCGCCCAGCUUGAAAAUGUUUACAUUCGUGGCUCAAAAAUCAGGUUUCUCAUACUGCCUGACAUGUUGAAAAAUGCACCAAUGUUCAAGAGGCCUGGUGGAAAGGGCUCUGGUACUGCUGGCAGAGGAAAGUCUGCAAUUCUUAGAGCACAAGCCAGAGGCAGAGGUAGAGGGACAAAUCAGCGAGGUAGAGGUACUGGCUCAGCUCCGUGGCUUAAUCAGCAGAAUCAAACGUCAAAUGCACCACAGACUGGCAGGGGAAGGGGCUAAACUUUACAAAAUUUUUCAUCGUUUGAUAAUCAAACAAGCAAAAAUAACUGAUCACUCGAGUGAUUUUUAUAUUGUAUUCAUUUUUUAAACUCCACAAUCACUUAAUUCCCUUAAUUAUUUAAUUGUGUAUGAGUGAGUCUUGUGCAGGUAAUAUUAAAUAAUAAAAACAGUAAUUUUAUAUGAUAAAA